UGUGUGAUUAUUGAGUCUUUUUUCUUGGAAACAGAAUUUGUGAAAAUGGAAUUUAAUUGAAUUAUUAAGUUAAAAGCUGUAUUCUGUCACUAAUUCAUCAUGUCUGAAAAGCGACAGACAGCUAACCUCUCAAAAAAUCUGCUUCAAAUGAAGUUUAUGCAGAGAAGUGUUCUAAGAAUAGAAGAAGAGAAAAAUGCUGAAGAAAGACAAAGAGAUAUUGAUGAUGAACAUUGGGUUUUAGAUGUGCCUGAUCUGCAGCAAAAGGAGCAAAAGUAUAGAAUUGAACCAAGUUUCGUUGUUUGUGAGAAUUUGAAUUAUGGUAGAAUGUCCUUCAAAGGUUGUAACCCAGAAAUAGAGAAAAUAAUGGCAGCAAGCAAUGCUGAAAAAGAAUAUAAAGCUGCUAGAGAAAGUGAGAGAGAGACAGAAGUAAAUGAUCAGGAAAUGGCAAAAAGAUAUUCCACUCUUAUUGGUAUCAUAGCUAAAAAGUUUACCAACAAAAGAGGAAGAAACAGUCAAGCUGGCAAAGAAGAGAAUGGGGAUGGUCCUCAGGAAGCAAAGAAAAAAGUUCCCAAAGUAUUUCCGGAUCCUCCAAAACCCUCCACUUUAGAAAAAGUUAAGAAAUUUUUAAAACCUGAAGAUUCUUGACAGAUGAUAUUAAUGAUUUAAAUUAUGAAAUUGACACUUUAAUUGUAAUUAAGAAAAGUUUUCAAAUUAAAAACUUGAUUAUGUCCAUGUGACUUGUAUAGGGAAACAGUAAUGGACAGUAAAGUGGGUUACAGCUGAAAUCUGUAAUUGAUAAGACUAUUGUAAUUACAUGGGGAAUAUGUAGCUAUUGUUGACCUGGAAAUUAUCAUCAAAUAUGCAGUUACAAAUGUGUAUAUGGGCGAAAUGGUAAAUGAUUAAUAGGGUAUAAUGUGAUCAGGAUAGUGAGGGUUUUUACACUGACUUGGGGAAACCAGAUACUGAUGAUAUGUGUUUGAUUUGGUUUUGUAAAGUAAACCACUGACACCUCUGCUAAUGUCUUAAAUUUAUAUAUAGAAUCUAAUUACAAUAUUACAGCAAAAUAUUGAGGAGCUGUAAGCUAGUUUGUUUUUAAAACAUUACUACAUGUACAUGUAUUCUUGAAUAUUCAUUUCUUUGUUGCAGUUGCUGCGUAAUUUCUUAAGUUAGGAUGCACAGUAGCAGAAAAACUGCCUUUGUUAUAUAAAAUGUUAUUUUUGGUUAAAAAUCAUGAAUUCCCAGGCCAUCCUCGAAAUCCAAAACACUCAUAAAUAGGCAUGGAUAGAAAAGAUAAAAAAUCUUGGUACAUCUGUAUACCCUUGAUAUUCCCUCUCUUUGUCCAAAUUGUAGCAUAAUUAGAUUUAAAGAGUCUGUUAUCCCAGAUACCUUCGCAUGACACUUUACAUGUAAUACAUUAGAUUUUAAGAUAUAGUGUUUGUAAGAGUGUCAAUUUCGAUUCAAUGAUCUGUAGAGGCGAUAUUCAUAUGCAGUCACUAUUGUUGUGUUUUUCAAUGCCUGAGUAACAAUGGAAUGUAUACUUAAAACAUCGAUUAAGAUUUUGCAGUAAUGAUUUAAUUGUUAUAAAUAUAUGCUUUUAUAUGUAUUAUAAAAUUAGACUAUGGGUAUUUAAUAAAUGAAUUUAUUUAGUAAGAAGAUUAUUUCUAUUACUUAAAUAUGUGUGUUACAUUAAUGUAUUUUUUUUUUAAACUGAAUAAAAUCAUGAACAGUA